AUGGCAGAUUACGUACCACCUGCGCCACAGCUCCGCGAGCAGGAUCUCAAGGGCAAAGUCGCCAUUGUCACCGGUGCAUCAAAAGGGAUAGGGCGGGCGAUAUCUCUCUCACUCGCAACACGCGGCUGUUCCAUCUUAGGAACCUACUCGUCCCCCCAAUCCGCCCACAACUUCGACACGCUCUCAUCCACAGUCCGUGACCUCUAUGCCUCUUCCAACAAUGAGGUGCCAACCAUGCAGGGCGCGGUCGCAGACAUAACAUCUCUCCCCUCCAUCGGUACUCUCCUCACAGCUCUCGCUAACCAUUUCUCCGGCAAGAAACUCAGCAUACUCGUCUUCAACGCAGCCUUCAAUACUCGACCUAGGAUAGGUAGCGCCAGCGAAGCAGACAUCAGCCAAUCUCUAACAGGAAACUUGCACUGGCCAAUCGUUCUCAUGGAAAAUCUGGUGCGUCAGGAUCUCUUUACGCCACACAGCCGCGUCGUAGUCAUCUCUUCAGACCGCGUACGAGAUCCUUCUCCUGGAUCCGGACUGUUCAAUGCUACGCGUGCAGCAAUGGAGUCGCUGGUGCGAUCUUGGGCCAUUGAGUUGCCGCAUAGCUUUCCAGGAACGACAGUAAAUGCUGUGUCUGUGGGACUCACGGAUACACCUGGCCUACGGUCCUUUCCCCCAGAAGCUGUGCAGGCGUUGAAGGACCAGAGGCUACCAAAGGUCAAGGUCGCCGAGGGAGGGAGAAUGGGACAGGCGGAGGAUGUAGCCGAUGUUGUAGGCUUUCUAGUCAGUGAGCAGAGUAGAUGGGUUAGCGGGAGUGUGAUGGCGGCGAAUGGAGGGGCUGAGUGGGUUGGUGGGAGUUCUUGA